GUUCCUGCAACGCACCAUGUCCGUUCUGACUCGUUUGUGCCAUCUACAGAUUUGCACAGCUCUGGAGAGCUUUUGAUCACCGUCUACACGCGUUCGAUACAUGUUUCAACUGACCUGCACUCCUCGCAACCCAUUCUUUUUCUUUUUUAAAACUAGGAUCAAUCGCUGAACUCGGGGUGUUUCUGGAUAUCGCUUUAGUUUGCGAACGGAAUUGCGUGUGUGUACGUUAAUGGAUUCACUACUAAACAAUGGAGAAACAGUCAGCAACUGAAAUACGGGAAUAAACGGUUGGCGUUGGGAGAGGAAUGCACAAUUUAACGAGAGAUCUGGGAUAUUUGUCUGAUCUAGAAGUGCGUGUGGCCGUUUUCAGCUCAACUUGGUGGAAACUACACAAGGAUGGUGUGUUAGGACUCGGAUUUCAGCGCAGGUCGGUGUGCAAACGAAUGCACCUUGCUCCGUUUCUCUUUUCUUUACAUGACACAAUAAAAGAUGUAUUGAGACCGCAAAGGCUUUAAAGCGCCUCCGUUUAGAAUUAAGUGGAAUCAAGGCGAAUGGAUACGUCUCCAAGGUUUAAGGUGAACAAGUGACUCAAUGAGGUGGAAUACUACUUUAGCAGAGUGUUGGAAGAGAAGUUACCUUGCCCCAGUUCUCCGAGAGCACAGGGAGAGAGACAGACAUCUCUGAUUGUUUGUUGCCAGUAGGGAGACGGGAAGGUGUAAGCCUGCUGUGUGAGAACGUUUGAAAUCAAGGCUGCGAGAAGGAACCAUAUGGCACAAAAUACAAUAUAGGUCCCUGCUUGUGAUUUACCAUGGCCAAAGUGCUCUGCUGCCUCCUUCUCCUGGGAAGCGCAGUCAUGAUGACCACAGCCUGCCCUAAAUAUUGUGUUUGUCAGAACCUAUCAGAGUCCUUGGGCACACUGUGCCCAUCCAAAGGUCUGCUGUUCGUGCCCUCUGACAUUGAUAGAAGAACCGUGGAGUUACGCCUGGGAGGAAACUACAUUAUCAAAAUUACCCAGCAGGACUUCACCAACAUGACGGGCCUUGUGGACCUCACACUGUCACGAAACACCAUCAGCUUCAUCCAGCCCUUCUCCUUUGUGGAUCUUGAAACCUUGCGUUCGCUGCACCUGGACAGUAACCGGUUGACAGAGCUGGGCCCAGAUGUCCUGCGAGGCUUAGUGAACUUGCAACACCUCAUCCUAAAUGUAGUCAAGAACUGGAAAUUCCCCUUCCAGUGGGGAGGAACCAUGAUCUUGGUGAUUGGUGGAGUGAUCGUAGCCACUUUGUUGGUCUUUAUCGUCAUCCUUAUGGUACGCUAUAAAGUAAACAGUGGCUUGCAGGUUGCAAAGUUGGUGACGGUGAGCAAUACCUACUCCCAGACCAAUGGGAGACCACAGGCUACACAGCGACUAAACAAUGGCGCUCCUACACCGCAGGCUCCAAAGACUGUAGUGGUGAUGCGAGAUGAAGUGGUGGAGUUUAAGUGUGGCUCCUUGCAGAGUAGCAUCUCGUCCUCUUCAUCCUCCUCGGCUGACUCCCUUGGAAGUGAGAAAGUCGAGUCUUACAAUCGACACGUGGAUUCUAACACCUUGCCCAACAGGUGGACGCAAUCAUCAACUAAGGCACGACCAAACCUGGAUAACCUGCUAGGGGCAUUUGCUUCUCUGGACCUGAGGGUUCCCGCAAGAGAUCCGGUAGGACCAUCUUCUUCAGGGGCCAUGGCAAUGGGCAUGAGGCCGCCCACUGACAAGGAGCCUCUGCUAGGCCAGGGAGAUUCCAAGCUUGGGAAGCUUGUAAUGCUGCCAUCAGAGAACAAGCCCAAGCGCAGCCACUCGUUUGACAUGGGAGACUUUGGUGCUUCACAGUGCCUUAGUUACCCACGACGCAUCAGCAACAUUUGGACUAAGAGGAGUCUCUCGGUCAACGGUAUGCUCCUGCAGUGCGACGAGAGUGAGGGGGAAGGGGAUAAGGCACCGUUUGAUAGCUCUGAGUGGGUUAUGGAGAGUACAGUCUGACAGGGAUAUCGGAUUAGCUCUGCCAAAAAAGAACAAAAAACAACCCAUUCUCCGAACUCGUCUGGUGAAAAGGAUAUGAACUUGCUGCAUCAUAUGACAUAAAGAAGGACUCAAAUGGCUGUAAUGAAAAGACACCUCAGCAGUGGCCAUGACUGUGUAAUGCAUGAUUUUUCCAUGUCAAUAUUGUCCUUCUUAUCAUUUGAUCACAAAGAAGUUCAAAGGUUUGUGUUCGAGCUAGGCAAGCAGCCGAGGCCAGGGCUGGUCCUGUUUAUUAAGAGCUGGACGAAGGAUAUCUCCAGUUGCCUUGAAAUAUUAAAGCAGAUAUGAAUAAAUACCCAAGAACAAGGGAUAUGGGGGUAUCUCAGAAAAGCAGGGGGAAUAAAAAAGAUAAUUUAUCCGACUGUGCACUGCAGUUUGCCAAGAGGAUUUUCUUCAGCUAAGUGGAUGUGCAUCACAUUGGACCAAACGUUCCCAUGAGACAGGACUACAUAAUUUAGCAGGUGAAAUGAAAAAAAGAAAGAAAUGCAAAUGUAAUGAAUUUUUGUAGGUUAUUUUUCUUUUGUUGUCGUUUUUAUUUUUUAAGUUAAUUCUAGUGUUGUCCCCCCGCAUUUUUCCUGAACAACUGAAGAAUACAGUACAGCCUGUCAUACAUAUUUUACACUGAGGAGAAAUACAAAUCUAAAGUACAGGAAGAUUUCGUUGUCAUAAUCAAAUCUGCAAACUUAAUCUGCUAAUUGUCUAUGAUGUUUAUUAACAUUAUGUGCCUCUUUUUCAGUUUAUCAGUGCAUCUGUCACAUUUGUUUUUAGUUUCAGAGUUUGAAAGCUGACUGUCGUCUGAUCAGAUCGCUGCAAAUUUCCUUUAGUACUGAUACAGCACAGUACAAGUCAGUCUGUCCGAGGUACAUAUUAUUUAUACAAAGCGAUAUUUACUACAUAUUACAUACCCAACCAAUACGUUGCAUACCCAACCAAGAAGAGACUCUGUUCGAUGUCCCCUUUGUCUACCCUUUUUAAAAAGUAAAAAAAAAAGUUUAAAAAUGGUAUAUACCAACAUGAUUUAGACAUGGUACCUCUGUAAUGCCACACUAUACUUUAAAGUACCAUGCUAUAUGACUAUGUGAAUAAUUGAUUAAAUUACAUUUUGCAAGCAUAUUCCAAGGGUAUGAUUAUACCCUUGGAAUAUGUUUUCAAAAUAAUGUUUGAUUAUGAUUUCCUGAUUUUCCAUGAUGGUAAUUGCCCCCUCAAUUUUAAUUUUCUAAUAGGGGUGGAACGGUUCACGGAAAAAAAUC